AUGUAUACUACACUAUUCUUCAUACUAUUUACAGUCUAUACCAGAUGUUUCUGUGUAAUAUUACCUGAAAAUUACCACAACAAUACCCAGAGAACAGACUAUUUAAACAGUCAUGUUGGAUUCGGGUUUGAUUUAGUUGAGGGUAAUCCUCUGGACAGUUUCAAUGACUUGAACACAUUCGGGUUCAGAUCACCCAUUAUUGUCCAGCCUUACAUUACACGGGAUAUUGGUAACAUAAUAAUUAAGAGAAAUAACGGCAUCUGGGUCAGAAAAUCCAACAACUGUACUCAAAAUUAUGAACCCAGGGAUAUUGAGAGGGGUAGUGAUUUGGUGAGGGAAUUGUUUAAUGAUUUUAGUCUGGACAGUCCAUUUAGUGAAGAACUAUGGAAUCGUAAUUCUAAAGGCCUAGGCUUAAAUGAUAUCACAUUUAACAAGAGCAAGUUUAAAAUUGUCAAAUGCUACUGCAGUCUCUAUGAAAGCGGUUUAAUCACACCAUUCCACGGAGAGUUGAGAGGGGAGUUUGUUGAGAUGGUAGGGAAGUUACCAAAUACUGUUGAAAGUACAGAAUGUCCAAUUGACAUAUUUAUAACUGAGCUGGAGUCGUGUAAAAAUUUAAGAAUUUGGAUUAAUCUCUUCAAAACCUAUGGAACUCACAUAACAACUUAUGCUAUGACAGGCGGCAAAUUUAUUAACAUGGAAUCAGUGGUAAAUAUUAAUUUACAAGCGAGGGAUAGCGAUAUUAAGAACACCAAGGCUAAGAGAACGGGUGAAGCCAGUAGUGAGUUUAGUGAGAUAUUCAGGAGAAGAAUCAAGGGUAAUAAGAUAAAGAAACAUUUAUGGGUAAUUGGCGGUUCAUUUGUUAAUAAUCUGGAGCAAAUUGACCCGAAAAUGUUCUCGAAAUGGGUCAAAACUAUCGAUAAAAGACCAAUGCCAAUCAAGGCCAGAUUCUCAGAACUUUCAAUGUUCUUCCCUGAAAAACAUGAAACUUACAUGAAAGCAGUGGAAUAUUACGAACAAAUCUCAGGAAUCAAAAAAUUAAACAACUGA